AUGGACCACGACAUUCCGGACCGCAAAACAGUGUUCGAAACAAUGUUGAGAGAUCAGCUCGUGAUCGCUCGGGGAUAUGUCGAUGGAAUCGACAGAAACCUCAGAGCCCUCCUAUUUGAACAAGACGCAACCAGACGCACUGGAUUGCACAAUGAUAUUCGCGCUCUGCAGUCCCAGCUCGACGAAGCCAACGGCCGUGCUGAAUUCCUACGCGCUGAGAUCGUUCGCUUGGAUAGUAUCACCAUCGAUGAGUUCAGAGGCAAUUGUACUGUUUGCCGUCAGCAUGGCCACAAGACUGGAGAGUGCACGGUGCAGAAUAAUGCGGAUUAG